AUGAAGAUUGUAUUACGUCGCCUUAGUCAAUGCAAUUUGACAGCCUUUAAAUAUUUUUUUGAUAUGGUCACACAGGGGAUUAAGCGUAAAGAAAAGACCGUUGGAAGGCGGUUAAUUGCAUAUCAUUUUUUUCUUGUGGUUCGACAUGCUAACGCAAUAUCAGUAGAUAAAGAGGUUACUAGACUAGUUGUAAAUGGAUUGGCAGUCAUAUCCCCUUCGUAUUCGCAAGUCUCUAAAGCAGCCGAAGAAGUGGCAAUGCUCACUGUUUUUGCAAAUAUCACCGUUGCUACAUAUACCAUCAUAGUUAUGUAUUUCAAUGUUGCUGUUACUGCUGCCGUUACAGCGUCGGACAACACAGUUGCCCAAUGCCUCGUAGCAAAAAAAACUUGCAAUGAGAGAAUCGUCGAUAGCAAUAAUUCCAGAAUUAUGCGGAUAGUACUUGACGUCUCUCGAGGUUCAUAUUGUCUAAGGAAAGUGAGGACAGAAAACUUUGGUUUGGUAGUCAAAGACUGA